UUUUGUUGAUGCUGAGAACAAAAUCUAUGUUUUUACAUAACAGUCUUCAAACAUUCUCCAUUACAACAAUUCUUGUGUUUUUUUAUAGAAAGUUUCCUUGUAUUUUUUAAAAUUGUAUUACUUUCUCAGAACGUUCCAAAUCCAAACAACUAUCCUGCACCAUUCCCAGAAAAGUUGUGGGAAGGUUGUAUGCAAAAUAACCACAGGACAAUCAAGCACUUACCAAGCUCUUAAAACAUAUGUUUCUCAGAACGUAACUGAUAAUGGACUAGUGAUAAGAGUAUCAGGUUUAGAUACAGUGCAAUAUAGAGAGCAUGAUCACUUUUCACAGUGAGUCACUACUUUGAAGACAUGCAACAACCUUAUCCCAUUUCAUUUUGACUGUUAUCUGCAUCAGGCACUCUAUCCAACGCAGCAAUUACUACUAUCCAACCACUAUCUAAUACAGCCAGUGCAUCCCAACCAGCCAACACAGCCACUUCAUCCAGUGCAACCACACCAUCCUGUACGACCCGUCGAUGUCUGGCCAGCAUGCUGAUUGCGAAAGAAGCUCGGAGUCCGCCACAGUCUCCACGGUGCAUCUCAAUUAUCAGUGUGCCGUCAAUCGUGUACGAAACUCUGUCUGUCGAUACAAAAAACCUCCGCUUCGAGAGUCGUCUGGAAGUCCCGCUGUCUUGGGAAGACCCUGAUUUAUCAUGGAACACAUCAGUCUAUCAUCAUGAUAUGGUGGUCCUGCCUGUCAGCAAAAUCUGGACUCCUGAACUCCAUGUGACUAAUGGAGUGCAAACAACGAUAAAGCACAGCAACAAGGAUUUGCUGGUGCACAGCAACGGGACUAUAGAGCACAUGGUCAUCAUGAACACUGUGGUGGGCUGUGAAGUCAAUCUGUACAACUACCCCUUCGCUUCAGAUUUCUGUGCCAUCGCCCUGAAUGUGUGGGCAAUUAGUGGAUGUGGCAUGUUCCUGGACUUUGGGAAUGUGAGCACAACUAGCGCAAACCGUGGGGACUGGCUAACCGAGGAGGUGGAACUCAAUGCUAAAGGAGGCAGAGAUGAUCGCAACUAUCUAUGGGUAUUGCUGAAAAUGCGGUCCGAAAACCCGUUUCUGUCCCUGGUCCUGCCCAGUAUACUAAUCAUCUUGGCUGAUGUGGGCAGCUUCGCCCUGCCGCUGGGAGAGAGCAAGCGCAUCCCCUUCAAGGUUAAACUGGUUCUCAGCUUCAUCAUGUUCCUCAACAUCCUCAAGGACCUUCUGCCUGGAGGAGGCCAGUGCAGCCCCAUCAUCCGAAAGCACUUCUGUUUCUGUUUGGUCAUCCUGGUGUUGAGCACGUUGCAGUCUAUGGUGCUCACACGCCUGGCUAAGUGUGGCACUCUCUGGCCCUGCAGCCUCUCCAAGUCCAAAGACUCACUGCUUAAAGACACAGACAAUGAAGAGGAAUCCAAGUCUGAUAUUAAAGCCUCAGAGGAAGAGAAGAAUACAGCCCUCCAGAAGGUGGUGAAGUUUCUCAACAAAAUGGCUGCACAAGACCAGAAAAAUGCUAUACACCAUCGCUUUGCCAACAAAGUGGACUUGAUCUGUUUCUGUAUCUAUCUCACCGUCCUCAUUGUUUACUCAUUCAUCAUUUUAUUUUUCUCCUUUGGUUCUCAAUGUGAGAUCAACCAUUUAGAAUUCUGGCAUUAAAUUAUUUAUUUGCGUUUAACAAUGAUAUUUAAAUAAAUAUCAAGUAUGUGUGUAUUCUUCAGUAGAGAUUUAACAAUAUUUAUUUCAAUAUGUUUGAGCUAAGAAUUAAAUUGAUUAGGACUAUGCAUCCUACCUUUGAAACACCUCUGCAUAUCUAUCCAUUUUCCAUUCUUCCUGUGCCAUCCAAAUUCCUGCAUAGCCUACUGGUCAACGUACUGUAGUCAAAAAUAAUGCGAACGAUGAUGGUCAGUGAUGAAGAUGCGUCUAGCAACUUGCUGGUGCCGAGGCCCAGCAUGAUGACUCAAUCACGAUUUAUGGUAUUGUCUGAAUGACAGACAAUCUGGGGGCUAUUACAGGGGUCAAACACCUUAUCUGUGGCAAUCUCGAUGAAAACACGUUCCCAUGGAUGUCCUGGGGGUCACUGACGCCAGGAUAAGAUGUAAACUUGAAUCGACUAAAUUAAUGUUACUGUGUGAAUGAAAUUGUCAUGUUUGGAUUGUUUCAAGAGUUCAUAAAGGGCUAUGAAUUUUGGUAUGUUUUAUAAUACUAUGCUAUGUAUUUUUCUACGCUGUUAAGAGUUAGGAUAUUUUGUAUUCUCUUUAUCGUGAAGAUUACUGGUAUGUACCAUUUGCUAAUUGUAUUCUUAUUGCAUAACUGUAAUACAUCGGAUUACUUUCAAAUAGAUACAAACCGUAGUCCUCACAUUUGAGUAAUAUUCCUUGAAUUAUCAUUUGGUGGAAUGUCUAAUGGUAAAUGGUAUUCACAAUAUACAUAGCAUAUAUGCUCUCUCUCUAACUGUGCAUCUCUGAGCUAAGGUUAACUCAAUAAUGUAAUGCUAGGACAUCGAUUGCAAGAUAUUAGCUCCUUGUUCCUUAGCCUCUUGAUUGCCUAAUGGUAAACCUACACACAUCUUACAGUAUUCCGAGUGGUGACGCAAGGCUUGCAACCUUGGCAAUACCCACUGGAUCCGAUAAUGGGCCCAUACUGUUCACAUGAUAAUGGAGUCAGAUGGUAUAUCAUAGUAGGGUCAUAGAACCCUACACUAAUUCUGUCAUCCUCAGACGAAGUGAAUUUUCACUAUUCUACAUUACCAGGUUGUUAGCUAGCUAGGUAACAUGACUAAACAACCCACUGGGCAAAAACUGGUUGAAUCAAUGUUGUUUCCAUGCAUCAUACCGUGUUUUAAGAAGUCUGUUACAGAUGUGGUGAAGGCUUCAGGCAUGAUACCUUUGGUUGAUGCUCCAGUUGGAGAUGCUGAUACUGAAUCAUGCUUUCAGGGGAGGAUGGGACUGACUGAGGAUGACUGUAUGCUGUGGGUGAGGUAGUAGAAUAAAUAUUACACCACCACAGUUCCUUGUUUUACAUUUUUGUUUUAUGAUAAGUUUUGUUUCCAGUAUGUUUGUUCUCCCUGUUGUGAAGGUUUGGAGUCCCUGGGUGGCAUGAAGCCCAACUGGUACAGGAUAGGAGUACCUGAGAGGACCAGAUGGUUUAUAAUAAUGCUUUGCUCUGCUUUACUCUGUUUUCCAUGACCAAAGUUGUAUCCUAUAUCUUACAUGUCAAUAAACAAAGUUUUAUCCUGUUUUUGCUAAGUGACACCCUUAUGGGUGUCAAAAGGGGGAGACAAAAGUAUAUAUCACUUGUCGAUUUCUUUUUCAAUUUUUCUUGGUUGAUUUUUCUUUUCUGUUUUUCUGUAAUAAAAAAUAAAUAACAAAUAAAUGUUUUAUUAAUAAUAAACGUUUUGUUAUUUUCAUGAAAUGCUAUUAACAUAUUACUAUGUUGGGACCGCUGAAAUAAAGGAUAAUGAGUGACACCCUAGCGGGUGUCAAAAGGGGGACUUAAAUUUAACACCAUUUUCUUUUAUUCUGUUUUUAAAUGAGCUGUUCUCUUUUGACAUGAGGGUUUUAAGUUCCUAGGUGGCUGGUAGCCAAUCUAGUACAUAGUGGGAUCGAAUGGAGGACAUGAAGGUAUUUUCAACUUUGUAACUGUUAUAUGAUUCAUUGCUGAAUUUUUGUUCACACCCUUGGGGG